AUGGAAAGCUCAUCUUCAUCUCAACGCGCAGCCGAGAUGGCAGACCAAUUCUCAACUCACCGCGUCUUCCGAAUUUUGUUGCCACAGGGCUUCACACUCACAUUCUACACGACCGUGCCGGGCAAGCUUGCUAUCAGACCAGCGUACAAGAAAUACGAUGAAACCAUUGUCCAAGUCCUCACGUCGGAAGAUCGCGCAAAGAAGCUUGAAGCGCUGCGCGCAUGCAAAGCGCACUACCGAAGGAUCGCGCCAAACCCCCUAACCCCACCCGACGGUCGACUGUUUGACUGGUACUUCAGGACACCUGACACAAGCAUCCCUGCCCCGACAAUCCUCGGCCAGCGCAACGUCGAGCACUGUGCGAUCCAGGUCGUCGACAUCAGGGCACUCUAUGGCGAGCUGUUUCGGGCCAUCGCCUUGAACUCCAAGUACCGCGAAGUCCCUGUCCGCGGCGAGGUUCUGCGCAAGCUACUUGACUUCGAAUUCGGGUCGACGAAACCCACACAGCUGGUUCAUCUCAAGAUGCUCCAGCAAGUGUUGUCUCCUGCGGACUGGGCCGAGCUAAACAAGUACGACAACCUCUUGGAACGACGUGUUAAUGAGGGCUACAGGGGUUAUAAGGGCUUCCUCGGCCACGAGAUCAAAGAUGUGUCGCCUCAAGUCCGCGCCAGCCGCCCAGAAACAGGCGAAUACCCUUGGGUUGCAAAGGCACCAACGUCUUGGCCCGUGCUACCUAGCCCUCAAGGUGACGCGUGGCAUCUGAAAGCGAAGAAAGACGAACUUCGAAGAGUAAUGCAUGAUACCGAUUAUCGGCGCCAGCUGGCUGCCGAUGGAUGGAAGAAAUACACCCUGCAAGAAAGAGAAAGGCAGAACGCACCGCCCGAUGUCACACCGUCCUCCUCUGCAGGCGCAAAGCGCAGCGCCGACGACGCAUCACCCUCAUCGUCCUCCUCACGUCCUUCCAAGCGUCAACGCCUGAACACCGGCCGCGCCGCCCCCCAAACCGCCAGCCACUCACACGGCGAGCACAAUACCACGCAAAGUGCUGAGGACCGCCGAUUCCACACUGUCCCCGCCGCCUGGGAUGACAUUCCCGAGCGCUACCGCACCAUCCUCGUGCAACCCGGCGGAGGCGCCCCUCCUUCCGAAGCCACGGAGGCAGGCUCGUCGACACGCGAGAACUCGAUCGCGAACAUGGAAUCCGAGAGCAUGAGCCGGCCACGAUCACUAGAGCAUCCGCCGUCGCAGCAGCAGCAGCCGUUCUUGCAACAACAGCAGCAACAGCCGUUCUUGCAACAGCAGCAGCAACAGCAGCCGUUCCUGCAACAACAGCAGCAACCUCCGUGUCAGCGGCAGCAAUGCAGCGCAGGGCUUUCCGCUGCCGUGCUUACUGCUGCACUCACUGCUGCUACCGUCCCCACGCGACCGCCGCCGCCUCCAACUCUGUCACGUACUCGACCUCAGCUGAUGCCGCGAAGCCGCUCCAUGGCAAAUGGGCUGCGAGUCCCGAUGGAUGACCAGGACGCAUUGCCUGUGCCCGAUGAUAAAUCAGACGAAUAUCCGUCUUUGAGGAGGGGGCACUGA